AUGGAGGUUGGAGAGGAGAAGAGAGCAUCCAGUUUGCAGGAUGACGGCGCUUCUGACCUGCAGUCGGUCCCAGGAGCCAUGGACCCCAGAGCUUUCCCAGCUGCACUAGAGCCAGAGGUCCAGAGCCAGCCUUGGCGAGGACAGCAGGAGCAGAGAAGGUGUGGGGAGCUGAGCUUGCAUGUGUCGGGGCUGGUCUUGGGGAGGGACGCUGCUGGCUCCCAGGGAGGUCGGAGCACCUCCGCCUGCCCCCUCUCCCCGGCCCUCUCUUUCCUCUACUUGUCUGGGCCCCAGAGAAGAGAGCCGGCAGUCAGUGAAGGAUUUCCUCCUGCUGUAAAGACUGCCUGGUCCAAGUCCCUCCCAGGAGCUUGGACGCAGCCGGUGCCUGUGUGGGUGAUUUGGGGACCAGGUAAACUAACCCCAAGUGACCUAGGCUUCCUCUCCACAGAAUUCUGGGGAAAGAGCACCAAGUUCUGGCUGGGCCCCAUCCUGCUCUUUGCUGUAUUUCUGGGCUUCUAUAGCAAUGUUUUCAGCCUGAUCUCCACUUGGCAGAGAGAACAGUCUCAAAGCAGCCCUGAGGUCCACCACCUGCAGGGCCAACAGGGGCCUCUAAGCACUCUGUUUUCCUCCCUCAGUGAAGGUGACCGUCACCUGGACACCUGCAGGAUACCUGAAGUACCCAGGUUGGUUUACCCCAAGGCCCAGCUCCUCAAGCCCACGAGAGUGGACGUGCUGGUCAUGACUCCCUGGUUUGCACCCAUCAUCUGGGAUGGGACCUUUGACUCUGCCAUCUUGGAUGCACAGUUCAGAAACAUCACCAUUGGGCUGACCGUGUUUGCCAUCAAAAAAUACGUGGUCUUCCUGAAGCUCUUCCUGGAGACGGCCGAGAAGUACUUCAUGGUGGGACACAAGGUCAACUACUACGUCUUCACUGACCGGCCGGCGGAUGUGCCCCAGAUCCCCCUCCAGGAAGGGAGGCAGGUGGUGGUCCUCAAGGUCCGAAACUACAAACGCUGGCAGGACAUAUCCAUGCACCGGAUGGAGAUGAUCAGCAACUUCUCCCAGCAGCGCUUCCUCCGCGAGGUCCAUUACCUGGUGUGCUUGGACGUGGACAUGAAGUUCAGCGACCACGUGGGUGUGGAGAUCCUGGCACCGCUCUUCGGGACCCUCCAUCCUGGUUUCUACGCAGGUGAUCGCCAGUCCUUCACCUAUGAACGCCGGCCCUUGUCUCAGGCCUACAUUCCGAGAGAUGAGGGUGAUUUUUACUACAUGGGAAGCUUUUUUGGGGGAUCGGUCCCUGAGGUUUACCAGCUCACCACGGCCUGUCACCAGGUGAUGAUGGCCGACCAGGCCAACGGCAUCGAGGCCGUGUGGCAUGAUGAGAGCCACCUGAACAGGUACUUGCUGUACCACAAGCCCAGCAAGGUGCUGUCCCCCGAGUACAUGUGGGACGAGCAGCUGCUGCGGAGACCACCUUUUCUCAGGAAACUUCGAUUCGUGGCUGUGCCCAAGAACCACGCAGAGAUUCGGAACCAAUGA